UUUUGGAGUGUGAAAGUGAAUUUAUAUUUGAAAUUAAAGUGCCAAAAUGCAGGAUGCUAAGAAACCGAAAGCCGCUUUUGGCAUCAGACACCUGCAAGCUGUGAUGAUGUUCUUCGCGUUAGUCAUCGGCUAUGCUAUGCGAGUCAACAUGAGCAUGGCCAUCGUGGCUAUGACCGACUCCUCUACAGACAAUACAUUCGACUGGAGCAUGCAAACUCAGAGCGUGAUUCUCUCAUCGUUCUUCUGGGGCUACGUGGUGCUGCAGAUCCCUGGCAGUCUCCUGGCAGACAAGAUUGGAGGCAGUAUUCUCAUUACCAUCAGCAUUGGAUGUAAUUCCAUCAUCACCCUCAUUCUGCCUACAGCUGCGACCUACGGUGGCUGGCAGGCAGUAUGCGCAUGUCGUGUACUACAGGGUUUGACACAAGGCUUCUUAUUUCCUUGCACUCACAACCUCAUCGGGAAAUGGGUGCCUUUGAAGGAUAAAGCCCGUUUUAUGGCAUUUAUUUAUUCAGGAUCUCAAUUCGGCACAGCAGCCCAACUAAUGCUGGCCGGCUAUCUCGCCGAAUACUGGGGCUGGCCUUCCAUCUUCUACGCCAGCGGCAUAUGUGGGGUCUUAUGGACAGUCAUCUACAUCCUGAUUGGAUCAGCUUCCCCGCAGAGCUCGAAAAUGAUCAGUGAGGAUGAGAGGAUGUAUAUACAGAGCUCGCUGGGACAUGUGGGUGGUCAUAAGUCAUACCCUGUGCCCUGGAAUUCUGUGUUCACAUCUCUCCCCUUCAUCAGCCUAAUCGUAGUGAACUGCUGCCAGAACUGGGGUUUCUGGACGCUCAUGACUGAGAUACCUUCUUACAUGAGUCAAGUGCUCGGAGUUAAUAUUAAAGCAAAUGGCGUUCUUUCGGCGCUGCCCUACAUCACAAUGUACCUGCUAAGCUUCCCCUUUGGUCUAGCGUCGGACUUUAUACUAGCCAAGGGCUGGCUUAGUGCAACUACUACAAGAAAACUAAGCAACAGCAUAGCGUACCUCGUGCCGGCCGUGACUCUCAUCGGGUUUGCCUACGUGCCUGCUGGGAAUAUCGUCAUGGCGGUCGGAUUGCUGUGUGUGGUCGUCGGGCUUAACGCGGGAUACUACACUGGUUUUAUGUUGGCGUUUCUAGACAUGGCUCCCAACUUCGCCGGUUUCAUGCUCUCCAUCACAAACUGCGCCGCCAACUUCAUAUCAUUCAUCGCACCGCUAGUUGCUGGAGUUAUAAUACAAGACGAGACUGACGUAAGUCAGUGGAGAUAUGUAUUCUACCUCUCCUCCUUGCUUUACGUGGUUGGUAACACCUUCUAUCUGGUGUUCGGAACCAGUGAGCUACAAUCAUGGAAUGAGCCGAAACAGGAGGAAGUAGAAAAUGGUUCAGGUAAGUAG